ACCACCCUGGAUGGACUUGAGAUGCCGGAGACGCCUGAAGAGAACGUGGCUUUGAACAAAGAGGCGGUUCAGUCAUCACAGUACAACUACCUGGGCAGCCCCGGCAAUGCUGUGGACGGAGGACGUAGCUCCAGGUACAGCGAGAGGUCCUGCAGUCGCACCAAAACACAAACAGACCCCUGGUGGAGGGUCGACCUGCAGAGGCCCUUCAACGUCACCACGGUAACCAUCACCAAUCGAGAAGACGGCGACCCCGAGAUGAUUGAUGGAGCGGAAAUACGAAUCGGCAAUUCCCUGGAGAACAACGGGAACAACAAUCCACUAUGUGAUGUCAUUUCCUCCUUCCCUGCCUGGGAAACUAAGGCGUUUCACUGCAGGGCUCAUCUUGGGCGCUACGUGAACAUCUUUCUGCCGGGCUGUGACAAACACCUUGCACUGUGUGAGGUGGAGGUCAGCGCAAACCCGCUGGAAGAACAGGAAGGCAAGGAUAUGCGACCAAACCCUGCACAAAGGAAAACAAAAACUAAAUGCCCUGAUACAAAAGAGGUGCUUGAGAAUGCAGCCACUGGAGGCUCUGCGAUCCAGUCCUCUCAGCUGGACAGUCUGGGCGGAGCCAGCAACGCCAUCGACAGGAACCGCAGCAGCACCUACUCAGAGGGCUCCUGCAGCCACACGCGGGCCGAGAUCGACCCCUGGUGGAGGGUGGACCUGGGGAGGGUCCACAACAUCACCUUUGUGACCGUCACCAACCGCGGGGACGAGUACUCCGACCGCAUAAGCAGCGCUGAGAUCCGCGUCGGCAACUACCUGGACAACGAUGGCAACAACAACCGUCUGUGUGCUGUGAUACCUUACAUCCCCGCUGGCCAGAUUAGGACCUUUGAGUGUGGUGGGAUGGAGGGUCGCUAUGUCAACAUUCGCCUCCCUGGCAGAGAGAAAUACUUGACCCUGUGUGAAGUGGAAGUGCAUGCAAGCACCUUUCAAGCAGUGCUGCUCCCUCAACCAGCGCCUCCAGUUGCUGUGCCUGAGACGGUGGCCUCCAACUCUUACCUGACGUGGCUGUGGAGGCCUUGGCAAAGCCGGCAGCCCCCUGUGGCCAGAAGUGAUAAUGUUGCGCUGAAGGGUAAAGCUACCCAGUCGUCUCAGUUCAGCCGCUUGACCCAUGCGGAGAACGCCAUCGACGGUGGCCUGGACACCGAGUACCUCUCUGGCUCCUGUGCCCACACGCGGCUCCAGUCUGACCCCUGGUGGCGAGUCGAUCUCAUGGCCGUGCACAGAGUGGAGUCCGUGACCAUCACCAACAGAGAGGACUGCUGCGAGUGGAGACUCGACGGGGCCGAGAUACUGGUUGGGAAUUCGCUGGAGAACAAUGGCAACAGCAACCCUGUAUGUGCUGUUGUGUCAUCCAUCCCCGCUGGAGAGUCCAUUACCUUCCAGUGUAACGGAAUGGAGGGGAGAUUCGUAAACAUCAUCCGGCCGGGAUGCUUUAAGUUCCUCAGCCUGUGUGAGGUGGAAGUCCACGCAAGCCUCGUAGCUGGAGCUGUUUUCCCUCCACAAGAUCUCAUGGAGGAUUAUGUGGAGAAACCUUCGGAAACACAGUGUUCAGAUAUCCAAGUGCCUGGGAACCUCGCCUCACGGGGACGAGCGGCCCAGUCCUCUCAGUAUGAUCACCUCGGAGAUGCCAAGAACGCCAUCGACAGGAACCGAAGUCCGUUAUACCACAGCGGCUCCUGCUCGCAUUCCAGGCAGGAAACCAGCCCCUGGUGGCGCGUGGACCUCCUGAAAAGACUCAGGGUGGCCUCGGUGACCGUCACCAACAGGGGGGACUGCUGCGCUGAGAGGAUCAACGGGGCAGAAAUCCGCAUCGGAAACUCCCUGCAAAACAACGGCAACAGCAACCCUCUGUGUGCCGUUAUAGAUGAGAUGAGAGAGGGAGAGACCGUCUCUUUUCAGUGCCACAAUAUGGAGGGCCGCUAUGUCAGCAUCAGUCUCCCAGGAAGAUGGAAAUACUUAACUCUGUGUGAAGUAGAGGUCCGGAGCACCAGAGAGUCGUCCCAAAUGAAACCACUACAGAACUAGGGAAACAUACUCUGAUUUUUUUUUUUUUUAAUGCCUUCGAUGCAUUUUUGAAUUGCCAUGUUGUAAUGUUUUUAGUGUUGUGCCUAAUGUGGCAAAAUAUGACAUAAUGAAAAUAAAUAAA